CGCAGCGUUAUCAGCGUUAUCAGCCAUUAUAUCACCCACCUUUACACUGAAUUUCGAAAUAAAGAUAAGAUACGGUUAGAAAACUAGUCACACAUAUUAAAUAAAAUUGUUACAUUGUAUCGUUGGGUGUUGAACGCGUCGGUGGAAUCAACGAAAUAUAGAAACGUUAAAGUAGGAUUUAUUCCUACAGUGUGUGCAGUGAAAAUGGGUUUCAAAGAACUAGUUCUGUUUGCGUGUGUAUUAGCAGUGUCUUUUGGACAAGAAUACAAAGUAUGCGUAACGACCUCAGUAACGAAUUCAAUUUGCCAGAGCUUAAGCAUCAACGACAGUCGAUUCACGUGUCAACGAGUUGAAUCAAGGGUGGAAUGCGCACAGAAGUUGGUCAACAGAGAAGCCCAUGUAGCAUACUUCUCUGAAGAAGAGACUUUACUUCUGGCACAGCAACAACCUACAGAAAACAGAGUAAUUGCUACUGUCAGGGAUGUUAACAAAUUAGAUAAUUAUGCAUUCGAAGCUGUGGCAGUGGUUCCCAUCAACCAUACCAAUGGAUUGGAAGGUCUUCGUGGUGGAGUGUACUGUCACCCAGGAUUGGAUGAGACUGACCUGAGAUGGUCUCCAAGAGUGCUGAAGACCCUUGAACAAAUGGCAGCACGCACAGACAGAUGCCAGGAUGUCAACACAGCUGGCAAAACAGCUGAAGAAAUGGAGGUGGAUACACUGAACAACUUCUUCUCAGCAGCCUGCAGACCAGGAACUUGGAGCUACAAUGAGACCGUCGAUGCUAAUCUAAAAUCCCGUUACUCAUCUCUUUGCGACCGCUGCGGUAACAAUGCUGGCUGUACUAGAUACACGCUAGAUAUGGGCGUUUCUGUGGCUGGCGUUAGGAAUGAUAACCGUCACAUCCAAGCCUUGGAGUGUUUGAGAGUAAAUGGAAACUCUACCAACACAGCUGUAGCGUACGUUGCUUGGCAGCAUGUGAAGGAAUUCUUUACUCUUCGCAACCCCAAUGACGCCCCGUCCUAUGCUGUACUCUGCCCCAAUGGUACACUCGCCCCUCUGACCACAGACACCUUGAACAACGCCAUCGCACCAUGCGCCUUCGUCCGUCAACCAUGGGGAACUAUUGUGGCUUCUACGGACAGCUCAGCUGCAAUCCUCUUAGAAUUGAGGAACGCUUGGCCUGCCGGUUCUAGCCCUAGUGGAAACUCUUGGCAGUCAACUUUAUUCACAAUGCUGGCUGGUGGUGCUAACGCCAAGGUUGUGUAUCAGGAUGCUCCCACUACCCCAUUGGAUUAUACAUCUCCAAUCCGCUCGAUCAGCAACGCUGAUGCCAGUGCGUCCUGCAUGCCAGCCCGUCGCUGGUGCACCAUCUCUGAAGCUGAAAUGAACAAGUGCUCCUGGGUGCGCGCUGCAGCUCAUACCCUGGGUAUCCAGCCUGCUAUAACCUGCCAGAGAAGGAACACCAUCUUGGACUGCCUCUCCGAUGUCAAGGCUGAACAAGUCGACUUCCUCGCUAUUCCAUCCACCUACGGCUACUUGGCUAGACAACACUACCAGCUGACUCCAGUGAAAUUAGUCCAGAAUACAAGAGCUAACGCAACCAGGAUCGCUGCCUUCGUCAAAGAGUCAUCCGUCGGUUCUGGAAACCUCUCCCGCUUCGAGAACCUUCGAGACAAGAACGCCUGCUUCCCUGAAUUCGGUGGCUUGGCUUACGUUUCGUUCGUGAGGACCGGACAUGAGAGAGGUAUUCUCUCCACAUCAGAAUGCGAUUACGCCCGCGUUGUUGGAGAAUUCUUCGGUGGAGCGUGUGCCCCUGGUGCUAUCGACGCUUCUUUCGCCCUCUCCGAUUCUUCUAGCUUCAAUUCAUCAAGUCUGUGUUCCGCUUGCCGAGCAACUCCUGGCGUAGUCAACGUUCCUAACCCUGUCUGCACCUGGGAUUACGCCACGAACCGUUUCUUCGGUAACAACGGCACCAUUGCCUGCCUCGCUGAUCCCGCCAAUGACGUGGCCUUCUUGAACAUCAGGAACAUUCGAAGCUACUUGUCUGCUCAACAACUACAAGAGAACCAGCUCCGCGCUCUCUGCCGCAACAACUCCCUCGCUGCGUACACCGGUGUGGACAUCGACGACGGAUGUCUACUAGCUUACGUUGUUGACGGUGAAGUCGUUGUUAGAAGAAGCGACCCAUACUACAACACCUUGAGCACACUCUUCGACGCUCUCGACAACUAUUUCGGAUACACCGCGUCAUCUGGUAACCAACUCAUCAACAUAGAACUCUAUUCUCCUUUCAACGGAGCGUCUCACUUACUGUUUAGAGACACAGUGAUUGGUCUUACUGAACCUACCACCAAUGCGGGUCUUGAGCCUGCCAGGAAUUAUAUGGACCUCGUCAGCCACUUACAAGCCUGCACGGGCACCACACCUCCUGUCCCCGGGCAUGCAAACCGCAGCGUAUACUCCAUAUUCACCUUAUUCGUAAUGGCCUUUAUGACAAGAUUUGUUGUCUAUUAAGUCCUUAACAGUUUUCAGUGUGUAUCCGAACGCACGAUUUUUUUAGUUUUAAGUUUUUGACAUUGACAGUUGUUUUGGCGGUAAUUUUUUGUUUGUUUUUUUCUUGUGUGUAUAAUUUUUUUAAGUGAUGGAUAUUGAUUACCUACAUUUUUUCGUUCAGUUUUUUUAUUGAGUUUUGUAUCUAAGUGCUACAUAAUAUAUUAUAAUUAGAUAACUUUCUUACCAGUUUUGAUGACGCCUUAGUAAAAAACCCUACCUAUAAGAAUUUAUACCUACUAUUUUACUUACUUCAAACGAAGCAACAUUUUGUAACUUAUUAUUACUAGUUAAGAAUAAUUAAUAUUAACGUACUUAAUUUGUAAUAAAAGAUAUAUUUUCCUAGCUGAUAUCCUCCGAUUUUUCCUAUCUAUGUAUGUAUAACAAAGUAAGUAGUUAGUUUAGUAAAAUAUAAUUUAGAUUAAGACAACAC